CUUUCAUCAUCCAGCAUACGGUACUGUAGAACACAAAAAUAUACACUGUGCUACUUUAAAUUAAUUCAUAUUUGCAGGAGACAGUCUGUGUGAGUAUGUGCAAUUAUGAAAUGCAACUUUUUUUUCCUCUUGACUUUUUUAGCUGCCUCACCCUUUUUAUUUGAACACAUACAUAUGGUGUGUGAGAGUGAGCAAGCUCUCUGUAAAUGUUUGGAAGGAGCAUCUGUCAGACAAUAAAACUUGCAAGAAAACAUGCUUCUCAUUUAAAGUGUAUUUGCUAGAGCUAUUCCAGUGUUGGAAUCAGUUCAUUUGUAUAGCUUAGAGGCAUUAGUAAGAACAGAGAACUGUAAAGUCACCAGAAAAUCCAAACUGUUAGUAGGAAUCCAAGGUAUUUUUUAAAAGCAUUUUGUCUAUUCGGCAUCACAGUCUUCUGGUAGGAACCUGAACCAGUUGACAUAGAGGAAACCUCUGGCAGACCGUCCAAAAAGAUUGCAAGAAAGAAGAUGACAUGUUUUCUGCAAACCUGGAAAGUCUAAAGAUUACAAUAAUUGUUGGACCAAAGGGACCCUCUUCAGGCAUAAAUAGCAAGACUCCUACUGUCUUCUCUUGCAGACCAACUCAGCUGCCAGCAAAAGCAGGUGCUCUCCCCUCACCAGUGCUCCAGAGGAAAUAUUUAGGAAUGGAAAACCUGAUGUUUGUCUACUGCUCCUGCAAAGUUAUCUGGACGCUGCUUGUAACAAUUCUAGGCUAUGCCAGCAGCUUGCCUCUGGGUGAUGACUCUAUUUGCACAGCAGAGGAACUUGCAAAGUACAGUAUAAUCUUCACAGGGAAAUGGAGUCAGACUGCCUUCCCCAAACAGUAUCCGCUUUAUAGGCCCCCAGCACAGUGGUCAUCAAUGCUAGGUGUUACUCAUAGUUCUGACUACAGCAUGUGGAAAAAAAAUGAAUAUGCCAGCAAUGGUGUACGUGAUUUUGCUGAAAAGGGUGAGGCAUGGGUAUUAAUGAAAGAAAUAGAAGAAGCUGGAGAGAAAAUUCAGAGUGUGCAUGGAAUCUUCUCUGCUCCUGCCAUUUCCAGUGGCACAGGACAAACCUCCACUGAAUUACAAGUGCAUUCAAGACAUCCAUUAGUUUCAUUUGUUGUACGAAUUGUGCCAAGUCCCGACUGGUUUGUGGGUAUUGACAGCCUAAACCUCUGUGAAGGAGACCACUGGAUGGAAGAAAUAUCUAUAGAUCUAUAUCCAUACGAUGCUGGAACUGACAGUGGCUUCACAUUUUCUUCCCCAAACUUUGCCACUAUUCCACAGGACACAGUUACAGAGAUCACUUGUUCCUCUCCAAGCCACCCAGCAAACUCAUUUUAUUAUCCCAAACUCAAAAUUUUGCCACCUAUUGCUCAAGUAACGAUGGUGAAAUUAAAGAAAAACCAGUUGGGUUUUCCUAUACCUCAUCUUAACCAGCCAGCUAAAAGCAAUGAAAUACUUGACACAUUCUCAGAAACACCACUGGACUGUGAAGUUUCGCAGUGGUCUUCCUGGGGUCUCUGCAGAGGUCCUUGCAGAAAAACAGGGACCAAGAUCAGAACUCGUUUUGUAGUUCUUCACCCUGCUAAUGAUGGAACGCCUUGUCCAAGUCUGGAAGAAGAAGCAGGAUGUGAACCAGAUAACUGUGUCUGAAAUAAAGAAAAGAUAAUAAUUUAGAUAAUUUAAAGUAAGAUAAGUGUAACUAAACCUAAACUACAUGUCAUUCAGUGUUCCUUAUAAUUCAGGUAUGCCACACUAUUUUGCUGAAAAGAUAUAUUAGACUGGUUUUGAAAGUUGCUGUUUAGUAUCAAGACUUUGGGGUGUUACAUUCUUAAGGUUUAGUAUGACAACAGUACUUCAUCAUUUACAGACCAAAUAAAUCUCUGUUACACACUCUAAGUUCUUGGAGUACCCUCUAGUGGCAGAAAAGAAGACAUUUUGGAAAGAUUUUGCUUCGGAUGUGAAAACCAUUCAAUCAAAAAAUCUUAACUAAUAACAUUCUUAAAUAGUGUAAUUUGUUGAUUUGCAACUAUUUAUACCUAGAAAUUAAUUUUUUCUCUAAAUUAUGUAUAUUAUAAUUUAUUGGCGGUUUUGUUGUCUUUCUAAACAUGUUUUGCUUGCCUUUCUUCAGAAACUACUUCAAUAAACCAAAGUGACCAGAUUUUUGCAGUAUGGCUAAAACAAUAACAUGACUGAGUAAACUCAUCUUGAGACUUACGAGUACAUGGAAAUGUCUUUUUUUUUUUCCCCCUUCAAAUCUGAGUAGAAUAUCUACCAUGAGGACACUCAGCCAACAAAAUGACUAGAAAAAAAACAGCAGUUUGGAUAGCAGUAGAAAGACUCUGAACUUAACUUUAAAAGCUUAAUUGAGAUUCCAGACCUGACUGAUGGUUGAUGUGUGCCCCUAAUGAGGCAGCUGUCUGAAAAAUAGUUGUUAAGACAUUAACACUGUUGGCUGUAAUAUAAAUUAUAUAGUUCUCUCUGUGUAUGCAGUAAAUGUGUCCAUGUUUCUUUAAA